CUUCUAUGCAAGGACAAAAGGACACAGAGAAAAUCUCUGUUCAAAAGACUUUUGACAUUGAACUCAGCAAGCAUGUAAUGAAUAAAGGGCUCGAGCAUGAUAAGAGUUACGAAAUCCAAGGACUUGACCACGGAGACUGCAUUGAUGACCCAAAUAUAGUUGAUGAAGGAAAGGAUAAUAAAGACGGAGCGAGUAUUAUGUUCAUACAGAAGCUAAACAGUUCUUUAAGGAUCAGAGUCAAGGAAUUUUUGUUGAUUAAUUGGUUCAAGCUGCUUGUAAUCAUCCUUAUGGUCACAGGCAGUUCGAUCGUGAAAUAUGGAGAGUAUGUACAGAAGAUUGAUGUAGAAAAGCCGUAUGAUAUUAUGCAUCAGCUCUUACUUCCCCUAAAUUUGUUCGCAAUGGAGAAUCCUGGGUUCAGAGAUGUAUGGAUAGCAACAACUUCCUUUCUAUUAGACCUCCAGUUCUUCUUUGUGAUGAUCAAUUGGUUUAAAGAUGGAUAUUCUAUGAGGACUCCAAUCAGUGUGCUUAUGUUUUACGGCAUCAGAGCUGUCAUUCAACAAUUGUAUAUACUACCUUUUCCAGAGCAUAUGUAUUGGGAAGAUCCUGGAUUCCCAUGACUCCUGAAUAUCUAUGGAAGACAGAGCGAUUUCUUCUACUCAGGUCAUAUUGGGUUCUGUCUUUUGUGCCUACUAGAAAAUAUGAACUUGAAAGCUGUAAAAUCAGCAAUUUUCUGAGUAUUCGGGACGAUCUUUGUCGGCUUUACAUUGCUUACUUUCAGAGUCCAUUACACAAUAGAUAUCUUUACAGGCCUUGUUAUGGCCCAUUAUUGAUUUAUAACAGUUGGAAAGGUAGUCGAAUGGUUUGACCUCGUCUGACUGAACCAAAAAGUAAGAAAUCUAAAUCCUAAUGAGAAGGCAAAAGCUGAAGGAGAGUCUGAGAGCACUAACUUCAGGGAAUAGA